CAUGAUUCAUAAAUCAUGGUGGUGCAAAUUGCAAAAGGAAGACGCUAGAACUGGCUGCUGCAGCUGUAGCCUGUAGCUCAACGAAGGGAGAGAAAAGUGGAGAAGACGCCUUGCUGUGGAGUUUGAGAUGUCACUUUUGAGGCUCAAGCCUCACAGAGGUCUUCGUUGAAAAUUGACUUCUGACGAAAGGACGGCGCUUCUUUGUUGGAGUAGUAUUUGCUUUCAUGCUAUGGUUAUAGCUGUGAAGUGGUAAGGUUCCUGUGUGAGUUUGAAGUUUUAUCAAAUGGAGGCGGUAGAAAUGGUAGGGAAGGCCAGUCGUAGGGGCUGGUACAAUGUGGUGGUAGCCCUUGUGAUGUACAUGAGCGCCGGCAUUGCAGCUGUUGAUGGCGCCUGCACCGGCGUGCUCGAUGCGGAAGGGCUGGUAUCAGCUCUGGCUACCAGCACUCCUGGCACCCUUGUGACCGUCUGUGGUGACAUUCAAGUGACAUCCACCAUCAAGAUCUCCCAGUCCAUCAGCAUUGAGGGCCAGUGCCCCUACCCUGGGUGCCGCAUCUUCUCCAAUGCAGGGAUUGGCACAGGAGUCCAACUUUUCCAAACCGGGAACGGCCUCGGGACCGUCACCUUCCGCAACCUGUGGCUAGACGGAGGGUUCUCCCAGCCGACUUUCAACUCCGCAGCCGGCUACUGCCCCGGGGGGCUGACCAACUUCAACGGGGGCGCAAUCAGUACGGGGCCCGGGACCAACCUUGUCGCUGACUCGGUUGUGUUCACCAGCAACAGCGCUUGCGCGGGUGGAGGCGCCGUCAAUGCUGGAUCAAACGCCACAAUCUCCAACUGCCUCUUUCUCAACAACACGGCGAUGUAUGGCGGCGGGCUUUCAGUCACCACGGGGGCCGCUCUGACCAUCAGGAACAGCAACUUCUCGUACAACUCGGCUCGGGAUCGCGGGUCCGCCCUCUGGCUGUACCAAUCACAACAGGCCAGGAUCCAGGGAUCCCUCUUCAUGUAUAAUCGCGCACUGGGCUUUGGAGGCGGGGCGGUGGUCGCUUUCUCCGACGACAACCCCGGCAAGUACGACAGCACUAUCAUCAUCGCUGGCAACACGUUCGCGAACAACACGUCACCGGUGGGUGGAGGCGCCAUUUUAAACCACUACUCUGGAAAUAUGUUCAUCAUUGGCAACCUCUUCGUGCAAAACUACGCGACAGCGGGGGGGGCCAUCUACCUCGAUCACGGGACAACGACGGUCGGCAGCCCAAACACGUUUCUCCGGAACCAAGCGGACGGUAACGGGCCCGCGAAUCUGUACACUCAGGGCAAUGCUUCGUCUACCAGGUUUUGCCCGAGCCUGACGGCAGUCCCUACGGGGGUAGGGACAGACGGGGGAACGGGAUCCCCGAUUCAAAGUUGCGCGCUUGUGGACUGUACCGUCCACAAUCCGUGUGACCCGCUCGCAACUUGCGAUCCAGCCGUAACGGGGCUCGCGAUCGGGUGCACGUGUCCUGCCUCCGCCGCCGGAAGCGGCUUCAUCUGCGACGCCGCACUCAGAGUCAUGAGCGUUGGGUCCGGAAGCACUUUCACAGUCCCCCCCGCGUUCAACCUAGCAUACGGGGGCAACGUGUCCAACAUUGCGUUCGUCCUCGGCCCCUCCCCCACGGGCAAGAAGAAGAGAAAGAACGUCUUGCCGACGGUGCUGGAGGAGCCCAAGAAGCUACUGACGGAUUCGAGGUGGAGCGGCGCGCGGCCCUCGACCGCCGCGUCAGACCGGGAGCAGCAGGCGAACAAGGCGCUGGGCCGCAACUGGCGCCGAUUCACAUAUGCUGAGCUCAGCCACGCGACCGGGGGGUUCUCCCGGCAGGCCCUGCUGGGGGAGGGCGCCUUCGGGCAGGUGUAUCUGGCCACUCUGCCGGACGGAACGAAGCUCGCGGUGAAACAACUGAAAGAUGGCGGAAAGGAUUUGGCUGCGCGCGAGUGGCUGGGCGAGCUCGACGCGCUCGGGCGCGUGCGGCACCGCAACCUGGUGUCGCUUCGCGGGUACUGCGUCACGGACCACGACUGCUUCCUCGUGCUCGAUUAUGCCGAGAACGGGAACCUGGACUCAGCGCUCCGCAGCGAGUCGAAGCCUGCCCUCGACUGGGACACCCGCCUCAACAUCGCGAUCGGCGCCGCACGAGGCCUCUCGUACUUGCAUAAUGAUACGGACCCGCCCAUUCUGCAUCGAGACAUCAAGAGCGCCAACAUUCUGCUGGACAGCAAAAUGCAGGCGCAGGUGGCGGACUUUGGGCUGGCGAAGCUGAUUGCGGACGAGUCGGACAACCAGAGCACCAUGGUCCGAGGAACGUACGGAUACCUGGCGCCCGAAAUGGUCUACACCGGUCGGGUGACGACCAAGAGUGACGUGUACAGCUUCGGGGUGGUGCUCCUGGAGCUGGCCACGGGCCUGCGCGCGCUCGAGAGCCUGGCAGACGGCGGGAAGCAGAACCUCGUCGAGGCGGUGUCGCGCAACCGGAACCGUCUGCUCGUCACAGUCGACCCAAAGCUCAAUCACCAGUUCUCCCCCGAGGCGGCGACCCGCUUCAUCACCAUCGCACUGUCUUGCGUCGCCAGAGACGACUCCGUCCGGCCGGACAUGUCGGACGUUCUACGCGGCCUUGAAAGUCUCGCCAAGGGCGGGCCAGUGUCCGACGUCGAACUUCCGUACCAGGAUAGCACAAUCAAUGACUCCGGCGAGUGGUUUGCCGCGUCGUCGCGCGCGGGAAGUGGGUCGGAGCUCUCCGGCGCGUCUUCGCUGUUAAGCCAUUCCACGUGGAGCGAGCCGUAUGGCCCGAGCGGAAGCUCCAGCAUAAAUUAUCAGAUGACCAUGAUACACGAAGGGCGGUAG